AUGAUGUCCAAACAACCCUUUUCAGUUUCACCUCAUUCCAACACCAUGAGAGCUUCCUCAUCAAGCCAUCUUCAAAACCCUAAUCCAAACUCAAACUCAAACUCAAAUCCACCUAAGAAAAAAAGAAACCUACCUGGAACACCAGAUCCAGAUUCAGAAGUGGUAGCCAUGUCACCGAAAUCAUUGAUGGCGACGAACCGUUUCUUAUGUGAAAUCUGCAACAAGGGAUUCCAACGGGACCAGAAUUUACAGCUUCAUCGACGCGGACACAAUCUUCCGUGGAAGCUGAAGCAAAGAGGUAACAAAGAUCAAAUUCGGAAGAAGGUUUAUGUGUGUCCUGAGAAGAGCUGUGUGCACCAUGAACCUUCUAGAGCUUUAGGAGAUUUGACAGGAAUUAAGAAACAUUACAGUAGAAAACAUGGUGAGAAGAAAUGGAAGUGUGAAAAGUGUAACAAGAAAUAUGCAGUUCAAUCUGAUUGGAAAGCUCAUAGCAAAAUUUGUGGAACUAGAGAAUACAAAUGUGAUUGCGGCACAAUUUUCUCCAGGAGGGACAGCUUCAUAACACAUAGAGCUUUUUGUGAAGCAUUGACUGAACAAACUGCAAAGAUAUCAUUACCAACAGUUCCAAGAAAUUUUCAUAAUGAUCAUUUCCCAAAUUCUCAAACUCCAAGGAUCCCUCAAAUUUUUCCUGGCUUUCAGUUUCACUCGGAGUUUGUUGGUUCGGGAACAUCGUCGCCACUAUGGCCAGCACUAGAGCAAACAAAUUAUCAACAACUUCUUCCUAGUACUACUGAUGUGAUGCAACAAACAAUGGAUGUGUUUGGAUCACAAACACAGUGGUUGAAUCAUAAUAGUAAUAAUCUAUCUUUGCCAAUGCUACAUGGAGUAAUGAAACAAGAGGAAGAAGAAAACAAAGAUUUGUCUCAUAGUGUAAUAAGCUCAUUGUACUUGAGUAGUAGUCAGAAUCAACAAGGAGGAUCAUCAAAUCACAUGUCAGCAGCAACAGCAACGUCACUGUUGGAGACAGAAUCUCAAAUGGGAUCUACAAGGACAGUUAUUACUAAUGAUAACAACAACAACACCCUCUUCAACAACAACAAUGUGAACCACUUUAGCAUUGUUGACAAAUUCUACAAGCAAGGUCAUCAUGAAAAUGAAGAGUUGAAUGAGUUGGUGAAUUUGGAAGGAACUAGCAGAACCAAUUUUGGAGGUGAGUAUUUAUUAAAUGACUCGUUUGGGACAGUGAAUGGUACCAAGAAUUUAGACCAUGUGGUGAUGUUGGUGGAUAGAGAGACAAGAGCAACAAAUCGAUAUUCACAUGAUUCGAGUUUAAUGUCAAAGGACAAAAACCAAAUGGGCUUUACAAGAGAUUUUCUCGGGGUUGGAGAUGAUGAUGAGUCAAUGAGUAGAUCAACUUUUUUGCAGCAAGAACUUGAUGGAUUUCAUGGAAUGGGAUCAUUAGGGAAUAAUCUGCAGAGCCAUUAUCGCGGUGGUGGAGACUAUUGCUAG